CCAAGAAUGAAAAAAUACCCCUUUCCUCGUCGCUCUUCGGGUUACAGCCGCCAUGGAUAGGAUAUCAAAGAUGCGAUCCCGUGAGUUGGACCUCGAUGCUGCGCCGGAAUCGGAGUCGGAGGCACUAUCGCUUUCACCGUCACCGGCUCCGCGCAUCGGCGCCAACCUCAGCAGCAUGGUCGUCAAGCCUUCGGCAAGCGACGGCGGUGGGAGCGAUCUCGAUAUCGGUUAUGCCACUGAUGAGGGCCAGCGUGGCUCCCCGCCGCCUCCGCGCCGAAUUAAUUCACCGCAAGAUCCUCAACCCCGUGAUUCUCCGUCGUCCGGCCGACGCCGCGUGGGCUUUUCGCCCAUGCAUCGCCGGAGGUCGCCUGAUGGAUUCCGCCCCCGCGUGUCUCAACCCGGUCCACACCAUCGUGGAUCUCCGCUUGAUUUUCACCGACGCGGGUCCCCUCUGGCGUUCCAUCCACGGUCUCAGAGAUUCCGAAAUGAUCCAGGGUAUAUGCAACGUCCGGGUUCUAUUUCACCUCCGCGCAGGCUAAGAGGGGAUGAUGGUUAUUAUGAACCAGAUUUUGGGCACCCUCGUGGUCCACGCUCCGGUCGUGGACGUGGAGUACGAGGGAGAGGAGGCGGCAGGUUUCGAGACAUCUCGCCUCCUGCUUUUGGCAGUGGCAGGGGUGGCAGACCAUAUGCUAGAGAGUACCAUUCAUCUGCACAUAUAAUAUCGUCGCCGUCUGAAGGACAGUUUGUCCAUAGAAAUGAUCCAAACUUGUCACCAAGGGAAGGUGACUGGAUAUGCCGGAACCCAUCCUGUGGGAAUCUGAAUUUUGCGCGACGAACUUACUGUAACAACUGUGAUAAGUAUCGAUAUGAUGAACCAUAUGGAACUAGCCGGAGCCCUCGUAAGGGCUAUGUUAGCCCUCCUCCGCACCGCAGCUUUUCACCCAAGUUACCAGUUUCACCCAUCGAUCGUGGUCCACGAAGAGAUUUCAAUGCAUACAGAUCACCACCGCCGCCGCCACGAGGUUGGGACUCAGAUGAUCCAAGAGAAUUCAACACAAACUUAAUUCCUCCCCGGCGUGGAGGAAAAUUUCUUGACCCUGUUAGGAGAGGUAGGCCUGAUUUCCACAAGGACAGUUUCAGGGAAAGAGGCAGGUCUGAUUGGCCUGCUAAUGGAGAUUACGACCGUCGCGAUCGGAAUGCAUUCAUCCCUGAAAGCAGAGCGAAUCGCCUCCCUCUUUCUCCCCAUGAUCAUUGGAUUCGAGAUACAAGAGACAGGAGUCGAUCGCCGCCGCUGCCGCCUGUUGGCGGUCGAUUGUCCAGGGGUUCAUUUGUCGGUCGUAAUCGCAUUGACCGCCGCUAUGAUGAGCCAUAUGUCAGAAACGGGCAACCUGAUGACUUAGACAUGGCUCAUGGUAGAGGUUAUAGGCACGGCGGUGGCCGGGGGAGGAGCCCUGAUGUAUUUUAGAUUGCAUCAUAAGUAAAACUUCUGUUUAGCAAAUGAUCUUUUGAGAGUUUGCAGAUCCUUUGUAGAGUAUCAGAAUGCUCCUGCAAGAACCAUAGAUAGCUGGAAUGUUAGCAUGCUUGAUUAAGUUUUGCCUGUUUCUGAAGCUUUGUGUCAAUGAGUAAGAUGACUAAUUAUUUGAAGGUCGGUGGCUUUGUGAUCUAUGCAUUUCUUAUCUGCUGUGUUCCUAUUUC